UUAUAACAUCAAGCAAAACCCCAUAGUACCAAAGCAGUACCCAUAGAUGUUAAACAAUCUGGAAAACUUAGCUUCUGAAGAAAUCAUACAACUAAUAUCUAGUGACUGCAAUAAAAAUAUGACCAGGGACUGUGAUAUACUGGUACUGGUGGGGGAAACUAGUCCGGCAAAUGGAUCUAUCGUGGUUCUUUUUGCCAACCCCUGAUGGCUACCUUGAGGGUGCCGCCGCGUACUUACCUGAGUGGGAAUGUCAUGAUCCAU